CUCUGCGUGUCUCUUGUCUCUCCUCCAGAGAAAGUCAGUAUGCUGUCGGCAUUGAUCGCUCCCUUCAAGUACAUAAGCCCUGGGACCAGCAGCACGGAGGACGAGGACAGUUUAAGCACGAGCAGCACCGAGGUGAAGGAAAACCGCAAUGUUGGGAACAUGGAGGAUCUCUCCAUCGGCUCCGGAGAAUGCCAGUCGCUUUUCUGCUCGGAGUUGUCGAGAGGGGCCAGCUCUGGCCUGAAGAGGAAACGGCCACUGGAGGAAGACAACAACGGGCGCCUGUGUCAGCUCCGUCUCAUCUAUAAGAAACUCUCCUGGUCUGAGGCUCCAAAGAACGCCUUAGUGCAGCUGAACGAGCUCCGGCCGGGGCUGCAGUACCGCAUGGUGUCCCAGACCGGCCCCGUCCACGCUCCCGUCUUCUCCAUUGCCGUGGAGGUUAACGGACUCACCUUUGAGGGUACCGGACCCACAAAGAAGAAAGCAAAGAUGAGGGCCGCCGAACUGGCUCUCAAGUCCUUCGUCCAGUUCCCCAACGCGCCCCAGGCCCACUUGGCCAUGGGAAACAUCUCUAACCCCUCGGCAGACUUUACGUCCGACCAGGCUGACUUCCCUGACACGCUCUUUAAGGAGUUUGAGGCGUCGCCGUGCUCCGACGGCCUCGCGCUCUGCGCCCCGACGAGCGAGAGCGACCUGCUGUCGAGCGAGCUGCUGAGGCACGGACGGCUGCUCCGCCACACGUUGGACCUCAUGGUGCAGGCCCAGCAGAGGCUCGGCGGGAUCGUCCCAGAGCCCGAGGCGCCGAAGAGCCCCGUUGCGUUGCUCAACGAGCUCCGGCCGGGCCUGCGCUACGCCUGUCUGUCGGAACGAGCCGAGGGGAGGCGGCCGCGGAGCUUCGUGAUGGCGGUGCGCGUGGACGGGAGGAUAUUCGAGGGCUGCGGUCGCAGCAAGAAGCUUGCCAAGACGCAAGCAGCCCAGUGUGCUCUUCAGGCCCUCUUCGACAUCAGGACGGCCCCCGAAGGGAGGACGGGCCUCAAAGCCAGCAGGAAGAGUUGUCCUCAUUUACCCCAGGACUUUGCCGAUUCAAUAUUCCACUUGGUGAGGGAGAAGUACCGGUCGCUGGUGGGCGGCUGCAGUCCGGCGCACGCUCGACACAAAUCCCUGGCAGGCAUCGUAAUGACCCGAGAUCUGGACCUGAGGCACGCCCAGGUGGUGGCGCUAUCCACGGGAACCAAAUGCAUCAACGGGGAGUACCUGAGCGACCAAGGGCAGGUCGUCAACGACUGUCACGCUGAAGUCACGGCGCGAAGGGCUCUGAUACGUUUUCUCUACUCUCAACUGGAACUUUUCUUGAGUAAAAGGCUGGAGGACUGGGAGGAGUCGAUAUUCGUCCGCCACAAAGAGCAGUGCUACAGGUUGAGAGACAACGUCCACUUCCACAUGUACAUCAGCACUUCGCCAUGUGGGGACGGGAGGCUAAACUCGCCUUAUGAAAUUACAAGCGAUCUACACAGCAGCAGACACCUUAUGAGGAAGCAUCGAAGCCACCUGCGGACCAAAAUCGAGUCUGGCGAAGGGACGGUUCCUUUGCGAUGCCGAGGGCCCGUCCAGACAUGGGACAGCAUUCUACAGGGGGAGCAGCUCAUCACCAUGUCCUGCACAGACAAGAUCACCAGGUGGAACGUCUUGGGCCUGCAGGGGGCGCUGCUGAGCCACUUUGUGGAGCCGGUGUACCUGCACAGCAUCACUGUGGGAAGCCUGCGCCACACGGGUCAUCUGGGCAGAGUUCUGACCCAGCGGCAGGAGCGCCUGGGCCCUCUGCCCGCCACAUACAGACGCAGCCAGCCUCUGCUAAGUGGGCUGAGCAACAUUGAGUUCCAGCAGCAGGGGAAGGCCACAUGCGUGAGCAUCAACUGGACCCUGGGCGACGCGCAGCCGGAGGUGGUCAACACGGCGACGGGACGUCGACGGGAUUCAGGGACGCCAUCACGCAUCUGCAAGCACGCCCUGUUCACCCGCUGGAAUCGACUGUAUCGAAAGCUGGGGGUCCAUGUCUCCAGUUUAACAACGGACCAUCAGCCCAUGUACGGCGAGGCCAAGAUGGCGGCGCGUCCUUACCAGAUCGCGAAGCAGCAGUGGUUCAAGUCUCUGCAGGAGACGGGCCUGGGUACCUGGGUGAAGAAGCCACCAGAGCAGGAGCAGUUCCUGCUGUCCAUCUGAGCAACAACGGGUGUGUGUGUGGGUGUGUGUAUGACCUUUAUUUUUUUAGGGUAAGAUGACGCCUCCCACAGCUUCACACCAGGAAGUGCACCCUCCAAACCCAAGAUUACGAACCCCUGUAUGUGACCGCGGUCUCAUUCUGUUUCGCGUCGCCCUUUCAUCCCGUCACUGAAGCCACCAGCAGAAGGUCAUGGAGGAAAACUACAGUUGAAAAGCUGGAGUUUUUUUUUUUUUUUUUUUUUCUCCUUUGAACACAAACACAAGUUUAAGCAAACACCCAUCUAAAUGCACCCCUCUACCUCCCCCUCCAUUCCUGUCCAUGGCUGUCAAGGAAAAAGGGGGUUGGGGUAACCUUGAGCAGAAUGAAAGGCAGCCGCUAUCUUGUCAUCAGCUAUUUCCGGGCCCUGAGGCUCCCGCUGAGGAGCGAAGCCACAGGGGAGAGAGAGAGAACGAGACAGGCUGAGAAAGGGGAAGGGAGGGGAAAAAAAAAAAAAGAGGGUCCACGUCCAAUUACCGGCCCUGUCAGGGUGACGGGUGAUGGAGACGGAGGGAGGGAGGAAAGAGAAGGACAGGGUGGUUCACCUUCUCCUCUUUUAUUACUACCUCCAUCCUCCUUCUCUUAAUUCACCCUUUUAGCUGUCCUGUGGCCUCUUCCUCCCUCUGGGGGGAGCUAAACAUGACACAGCGACAGGUUAAUGCACCCCUGGAGGAGGCCAGGUGUAUAAAUGAGAUCAUUACUUCCCGACUAAGAACGGAGGAGACGGACCGGAGAGUUUCUUCUUUGUAAUUUUUCACCUGCUGGUUUUUCCUUGGUCUUAACAAAAGCUCAGUAGCAACAUUCAUUUACUCAUUUACUCACUUUUUCUUCCCCUCAGUCUGAUAACAACUAUUAGUGAAUUUUUCCCCCCCCUUUGCUUUCAGCUCCCAUCAUCGUCAGAUCUGAGGUCUAACACCGAUAGGUCACCAUCCACCCCAUGUAAAUUAUCACCUUAAUGCAUUUCGUCUUUGCAUAUUUUGUCUGUGUAUCACUGUGAUGUCUUUCUAUUCAUUAUGAUCAUGACUGUACUGUUCUGUCAGCGUUCUCUAUAAAUAAUAGAGCUGAAGCACUCAGACCGCCGCAGCAGCAGGAGAGGCAGCGAGAUCCGAGCAGUGACAGUGACAUCUUGUGGUUUCUCUGAGUACUGCACCCUGUUUGGACCUGGUGGUUUCACUGGGACUGUGUGACAGUUGAGAUGACAGUGAUUUACACCAAAAACUACCUUAUGUCGGGAAAUGUUCACCGGUUUGACUCGCGUUUCAUUAUUAUUUUUACCUUCAUUCACUGAGAUUCAAGAGAGACUUAUUUUAAUAAACAGUAGUUAUUGUAGCAAUGAAAUUGGGAUUUAGUAAUAGGCCUAUAUAUUUUUAUAAAAUUCAUAGCAAGACUUGAAUCUAAUCUGUUUGGGCUGGACUGACCGGGUGUGGCGUGAUCAGAUUAAGUCACACUAACAGUAGAACCUGUAUGCUCUUCAAACUCGAACAAUACUUUAUUGAUCCCAAAGGGAAAUUAUAAUGUAUUGUGAUGAAGCUGCAAAAUUACAAAUAAUGCGUCUUACACAGUGGCAUAUCGCUACUUAUUUCAUUUUGAAUUUUUUUACAUUAUUAUGUAAUGUAAUAAUCACAAAUAAUUUUCAGGUGAUUUUCAGGGGUGUUACGUGAGACGCAGCAACACAAAAUUAUGAAAUCAAAAUAUUACAUGUUUUAACCUUUUUACAGAUAAAAAUGUGAAAAAGACGACAUGCAUUUGUUUACAUCCACUUCUUAUUCUAAAGCUCCUAAAUCAAAUCAAAUUCAAUAGUAUGGCCUUUAUGGAAGAACAGCAAGGAAAGAUAAUCAUCAUUAGCUUGUACUGCUAACAGUAAUUAGCAUGAACCAGAGCAGUUAGCAAUCACUCUGGUUUUGACUUGAACUGACACUUGGUUAAGUGAGUUGGUGUGCAGAGUCAUUCUGUCUCUGUAAUGCUUAAAAUAUUUGUUACAUUCAUAUUUGACUUUUUUUUUUUUUUAAAGAGUUGAACAUAAGACUGCACUUCCUCCCCAAUAAAAGCUAGAAGUUUGCAAACCUUCCUGUGAUUUAAAAGUAGCUGAAUUUGGCCAACUUUGAACUUGGAAAAAACAGAACCAACUGGAGAAAGAUUCAGCUAAGAGCAAAAAGAAGGGGACACAUAUCUCCAGCCACUACUUUAAUUCAGACACAAAAAACUCUACUGUGGAAUGGAUUUUAUGCAAGUACUGUCUGUCGGAUCAAUAUGAAAGUAUAGGUACAAAUCUUGUUUUUUGGGCAAAUGUGACAUUCAUUACUAUCACGCUCCCUAAUGUUAGCAAACACAGAGUUUCACAAAUUUAUUUUUGAGAUAAAACAUGUUUGUCUGAAAACUGUUUGAGUGUAUAUAUGUAAAAACAAAUGUACAAAUGAUGAUGAGAAAGGAAUCUAAAAAUGUCCAACUAUGUAAAUUGAGGUAUAAGAGGAAUUGCUGCUAAGGUCUGUAAAUUGCACUUCAGUAACAUAAAAAGUGAAUGUUUGUACUGUAUAUGUGAAUAAAACCACUAAAUCUUGUAAUUUUA